AUGGCCACCGUCCGGAUAUGCGUUUGCGGAGAUGAGGGAGUCGGCAAGAGCUCCAUCAUCACGUCGCUCGUCAAAGACACCUUCGUCACGGCCAAGAUCCAGCCCGUCCUCCCGCAGGUGACGCUGCCGCCCACGCUCGGUUUCGACAACGUCACCACCACCAUCGUCGACACCUCUGCCCUGCCGCACGAGCGCCAUGCUCUCCGCAAAGAGCUCCGCAAGUCGAACGUCAUCCUGCUGGUAUACUCCGAUCACUACAGCUAUGAGCGGGUCGCGCUGUUUUGGAUGCCAUACUUUCGCUCUUUGGGGGUAAAUGUGCCGGUCGUGCUCUGCGCGAACAAGUCCGACCUGACGUCAAAUGGAACCACGUCGCAGGUCGUUGCAGAGGAGAUGCUGCCGGUGAUGAACGAGUUCAAGGAGAUUGACUCGUGCAUUCGGACAAGCGCAAAGGAACACCACAACAUCAACGAGGUCUUCUUUCUGUGCCAAAAGGCCGUCACGCAUCCCAUUGCGCCGCUCUACGACUCCAAGGAGAAUGCGCUGAAGCCCGCCGCGGUGGCCGCCUUGCAGCGGGUGUUCCAUUUGUGCGACAAGGAUAAAGAUGGCUAUUGGAAUGACCAAGAGAUUCACGACUUCCAGAUCAAGUGCUUCGACAAGCCACUAGGCGAGGACGAUCUGGCGAACAUCAAGCGUUCCAUCGAGCGAUUUGUGCCGGGCUCCACGGGCCCGCAUGGGAUGGACGAGAAAGGCUUUUUGUUGCUGAAUAAGAUUUUCGCCGAGAAGGGCCGCCACGAAACCAUCUGGAUUAUCCUCAGGAAGUUCUACUAUACGGACAGCCUGAGUCUGCAGGAUACCUUCCUACACCCUAAAUUUGACGUACCUCAGUACUCGUCCGCCGAGCUGAGUCCGGCGGGAUAUCGGUUCUUUGUGGAUCUGUUCCUAAAGUUCGACAAGGACAACGACGGCGGGUUGAAUGACAGGGAGCUUGCCAACUUAUUUGCGCCUACGCCGGGCGUUCCGACGUCUUGGGUAGAUUCGGCAUUUCCAUCCUGCACGGUGCGCAACGAAGCCGGACACAUCACACUACAAGGAUGGCUUGCACAGUGGAGCAUGACGACGUUCGAGGAGCCGAAGACGGCCCUCGAGUAUCUUGCAUAUCUAGGAUUUGAGAGCACCGAUCGAGGAGGAACGACCAACGCGUUAAAGGUGACCAAGGCACGAAAGAGGCGGAACAAGCCUGGGAGAGUCGAACGAAACGUCUUUCUUUGCUAUGUGCUCGGCUCGAGCGGCAGCGGAAAGAGCGCUCUAUUGUCGGCAUUCCUGCAACGACCAUUUUCGCACACGUAUCAUCCCACGAUCAAACCCCGUUCGGCGGUAAAUAGCGUCGAACUUAAAGGCGGCAAGCAAUGCUACCUGAUUCUCGAAGAGCUUGGAGAACUGGAGCCGGCCAUCCUCGAGAAUCAAGCGAAACUGGACGCGUGCGAUCUGCUCUGCUACACUUAUGAUUCAAGCGACCCGGACAGCUUCACCCACAUUGUAGAACUCCGGAAGAAGUAUCCUCAGCUCGGCAACCUUCCCGCCGUGUACACCGCGCUCAAGGCAGACCAGGACAAGGCAAUGCAAAGGUGCGAACAGCAGCCGGACGAGUACACGAGUGCCUUGAACAUGGCGGCACCUUUACAUGUCAGUGCGACGUGGAGCAGCAUAUCAGAGCUCUUUGUCCACCUGGCUGAAUGUGCAACAUACCCGUCAACUGCCUUCCCCAAACAGGAGGAAGAGCCUUACGAUAACAUGAAUCUCUAUCUGGCGCUGGGCGCGGUAGCAUGCGCAGCGGCAUCUGUAAUCUUCAUCUGGAGGCGCAACGGAGCCGCUUCUUAG